UCCGUGGUUCCCCGCCUCGCCCCGCAUCCGUGAGGGUGUGCGAGGAAGAGGAGGUGGUGGUUGUGAGGCGAUGUACCCGCUGGGCUCCACCUGGAAUAUCUCCUUCGCUGGCUGCGGGUUCUUGGGGGUGUACCACAUCGGGGUCGCCAGCUGCCUCCAAGAGCACGCGCCUUUCUUGGUGGCGAAUGCCAAGAACAUUUAUGGCGCCUCGGCCGGAGCCCUGACGGCUACAGCCCUGGUCACUGGAGCCUGCCUAGGUGAGGCUGGUGCAAACAUCAUCCAUGUCUCUAAGGAGGCUCGGAAGAGGUUUCUUGGCCCCUUGCACCCCUCCUUCAACUUAGUGAAAAUCAUCCGUACCUGCCUAUACAAGACCCUACCAGACAACGGGCAUGUGGUGGCCAGUGGGCGCUUGGGCAUCUCGCUGACGCGGGUCUCAGAUGGAGAGAAUGUCAUCUUAUCGGAGUUCAGCUCCAAAGAGGAGCUUAUCCAGGCAUGUGUUUGCAGCACUUUCAUCCCAGUGUACUGUGGCCUCAUCCCUCCCAUUCUUCAAGGAGUGAGGUAUGUUGAUGGAGGGAUUUCUGACAACCUGCCACAGUAUGAGCUGAAGAACACCAUCACGGUGUCCCCUUUCUCUGGGGAGAGUGAUAUCUGUCCACGGGACAGCUCCACAAACAUCCAUGAGCUCAGGGUCACGAAUACCAGCAUUCAGUUCAACAUGCGCAACCUCUACCGCCUUUCAAAGGCCCUGUUUCCACCAGAGCCUCAGGUUCUUCAGGACAUGUGCAAACAAGGAUACAGGGAUGCACUGCACUUCUUGAAAAAGAAUGGUCUUCUUAAUCAUCCAAGACCCACCAACCCUUUGCUGGCUAUUGAAAAUGGUGCUGGGGUGAGGAAUGCUGAAGAAGAGGAGGAGGAGGCAGGGGAAGAGGACCAGCUGGGAGAGAAUGCUGCACUGGCAGAGGCUGAAGAUCACAUUCUUGAACACUUGCCUCCUAAACUGAACCAAGCCCUCUUAGAAGCCUGUGCUCAGAGGAGGGGAUUGUUCACCGGCAUUGCCAACCUGUUGCCUGUGCGCCUGGCCUCUACCUUGAUGCUCCCAUACACACUUCCUCUGGAGUCAGCUCUCUCCUUCACUGUCAGGUUGCUUGAAUGGCUGCCAGAUGUCCCUGAGGAUAUCAGGUGGAUGAAGGAGCAGACGAGGAAAGUCUGCAACUAUCUCAUGAGGAAAGCCAAGAAGAAGCUGGGAAGCCAUCUCUCAGCCAGGCUGUACUACCACCUGGAACUCAGAAAAAGCCAAAGCUUGCCCCUCCCCUUGAGCAUCGGCUAUGGGGAGGCGCUGCCCAAGUGGUUGCGGAGUAACCUCUCCCUGACGGACGUUAUGACAAAAUGGGAGGAGUACCAUCGCCAGCUGAUGCUGGGGUUGUUCUGCAUCAAUGUGGACCUGCAGGCCUCCAUCUUCCCAUCAGAAGGGCUGCAGAUGAGGCACCCGCCAGCGAGCUGCACACAAGAAAGCCUCCAGCUUUUCUGAUCUUGUUGCCACACUUUGGGCAGGGGAGGGUAGACAGCCGCUGCCUCUCAACAGCCUCCUAAUGGAGCUGUAACACCCGCUAAGAGACUUCUUAUUUUCUCAUUUGCAGAGUGAGAAUUUAUAUCAAUAUAGCCAUUGUGCAACUGCUAAGCUGGUGGCUGAACAGUGUUCAAACCCAUAGCAAUGUGUCGGGCGUUGUGUACACUCUUAGAGAUGAUGUAUAAAUGCCCAGCACCUGUGACAAAAGUGCUUGGUCUCUUGGUUGAACCGAAAAGAGUUUUGCUUGGGACACCUUUUCAGAGGCCUCAUCUUGAACUUGCCGUUUGUGAUAAGAGGAUCGGGACACAAAUCAGUACUCUGGCAUUUCUUUGCUUUUAAAUCAGUGUUGUAAAAGGGUCUUUGUUUUGAAGAAAGCCAAGUCCCUCAAGGAUCACCUUUGCCUGCGCUACACAGAAUAGUGAAAAGCAGGCAGGCUACAACAACUGGCUGCCAGAUUGGCUCUUGUUAUCUAAGGCAGCCCUUGGUUUUCAACUCUCAGCCGAUGCACCUUUUUAAAUGCCUGUGCCCCACAUUCUCUUGCAAAUCUAUCUGGGUGCCAUUGCUCUUAAUAUAGAUGUUAGGAAUGGAACUCUUAGAACACUAGAGUUCCUUGUUCCUCUCAGGACCACCCUCUUCUAAGGGUCUUUUUUUAACUAUGGAGACAGAAAAUAUUAGAAGCUCUGAAACGUGCUUUUGUAAGGGUUGUACUAAAAGUAGGCCCAUUGAAAUUAAUGGCCGUAACUAAUUUAGAUCCAUUAAUUUCAGUGGGUCUCAUCUGAGUAAAAUUGAAUACAAUCCUAAAUGUAUGCUUGAGCUAUGCUGCUCUUUUCUUUUUGAUGUUCCAUGUUGUUUGGAUGAUGCUAUUUCCACCCACCCACCCAAAACAACACCACUACGUUAUUCUUCAAAUGUACAGAAGGGAUGUAAAGAAGGAUGGAGGGAGAAUGCAGGAGCUAAGACAGCCUAGUGUAUGUUUUUCAAAUGGUUUGUGGCUCAUCUGAUGAGCUGGAGCUGAGCAUGUGAGGAGAGAAGGGGUGUUUUGCCACUCACAAAAUGAAAAUGAAGCUGGAGGCCAAAACUGAUGCUGGCCAAACUGGAUUUAACCUGAGGAAUCCAUACGCACUUUGUGUUGGUGGUGUAUUUGAUCGCUUUUGAAAGGACCUGACAACCCCAACAGAAUUGUGACUGGUGUGGUGGUUAGUCAGGAGGGUCAGGAGCUGGAGGCUCCUAAAAGGGAUGGCAGUACAGUGUGAAAA